CCGCCGCAACCCAGGCGCGAGUUCCCGUCGCAUCCCUCGCGCCAGAAGGCGGCGAAGAGGCUUCGGGACGCUUUCCUUCCUCCCUUGCUUGCUUCCUUCCUUCCCUCCCUCCGGCCAUGAAGCUGUGGUUCCUGCUCAGCCUCCUGCUGCUGCAGCAAACGCUUCAGAGUGCUGUUGGUCAACCUGCAAAGAGCAAACAUCCGAAGGAACCUGGAGAGAACCGGAUUAAGCCCUCUAACAAAAAAGUCAAACCCAGAACUCCCAAAUUAAAAGAAAGAAACUCCGCAGACCCUUCCCCAAAGGCCAGCUCCAUAAUGACACGAGUGAUGGAGAAGGGCCACUUCCAGAAGCCCAUGGCUACUUUAAGCCUUUUGGCAGGUCAAAGUGUAGAGCUGCGGUGUAAAGGGAAUAGGAUUGAAUGGAACUACCCUCCUUACCUUGACACCUUUAAGGAUGCCCGGCUUAGCAUCAAACAACAUGAGAGAUAUGGUCAGCUGAUCCUGGAAAAUGCCACUGCAGCCGAUACUGGUGAAUACAGUUGCUGGCUCCUGCUAUGCAAAGGCUACAGCUGUAAGAAGGAUGAGUCAAAAACAGGUUCAACGUACAUAUUUUUUGCAGAUAAAGAAGAAUUAUUUGUUCCUGCUCCCAGCUAUUUUGAAGUGGUCUACCUCAACCCAGAUAAACCUGCUGUGAUUCCCUGCCGAGUCACCAACCCAUCAGCAAAAGUGACUCUUCACCAGGAGUUUCCAGCAGAAGAGAUCAAAGUGGAUGGAAGCAACGUUAUCUAUGAUGCCAAGAAGGGGUUCGUCUACCAACACCCAACCUCAGAUCAGAAAGGAGUAGUUUACUGCAGAGCUGAUAGUGGGGCCACCUUCGAAGUAACCUCAUCUUUCUUCUUUUCAUUUUAUCUCAUCCUUUGCUUUGAAUCAGUUCCUCGUGGACCUCCUUCAACUACAAUCAAAGCAUCGUCCAAUGAAGUAGAAGGUGGCAGUGAUGUUAAUGUUUUGUGCACAGUUUUGGGGCAGCCAGAUGUAGAAGUGGAAUUUAAUUGGAUAUAUCCAGGGAAACAGUAUAAAAGGCCAGUGGUUAUCCAAGACUCUUGGAGGCUGAUUGAUAGAGGAAUUGGUCAUACUACAAGAAUCUCUGAGAGCAUUAUUACUGUUGAAGAUCUGGAAACCACUGAUGCUGGAAACUACAUCUGUAUUGCUCAGAACCUUCAAGGACAAACCACAGUUGCUGCUCACAUUGAACUGAUCUGAGUUCUGCAGGCAGAUGGAACAAGAAACGAAAGAGACUGCUUCUGACCAGCUUUAAAACUGGAACUGGAAAUGCACCGGACCAAAAUCUUAAUAUACUACAUUUUUUAUCAUAUAUGAAUUAAAACUGAGCAUAUAAAUAUGGCAACCAGCAUAGUGCAGGAACAUCAAAACUGAACUGCAGUGAGGAAACUUAUAAUUCAGAAGUUGCUUCUACUGUUCCCUAGGUUGCUUUAGAGAUGUUGCCAUCGGCAUCAGUCUUUGCAUAGCUCUUGCCAUAUUUUCAUUAUGGAAAUGCUGACCUACUUUACAGAAUUUGUUGUAAAGGUUUACACAAUAAUAUAUCUAUCACUACAAAGCACUGAACUAAGAGAAUAAUUUUGUGUGUGUAUGUGUGUGUGUAUGAAUUAUAUUCAAACCUUUUUCUCCAACAGUAAUUUUGGGAGUUCUUAGAGGAUAAUGCUGAGUAUACAAUAUUUUAGUUAUGUUUCUUAUUCUAUUUUGCAUCAGGAAAAGCAAGAGUAACACAUUUGUAAGAUUUACUGUAUUAUUUGCUGUCAAAUAAGUAUGUAACAGACUGCAAUAUAAGAGGAUUUGUUUGAAUCCUUUCUCAUGGUUCAAAAAUCUCAUGGAACAGACAUUGUCAAAGCUCUACUAACCACAGAUUGCAUUAUUUACUUUCUGCUCAGAGUUUUGUAGUGUUUUUGUUCUAUCAAGCCUGGGCUUACACGUCCUUCUCCUGAAAUAUGUCAAUGAUAUGCUCUUUUUUACAAUCAUUGUCAAUUUACAUUUCUGGUGCUUGUUUGGGGCCAUUAAGGCCCUGUUGGUUUGGGGGAACUCUACAGCUCCCUGCAGGGGGAGCAGAUCAGUUACAGAUAUGCCUCAUUUAGUGACUGCCUUGUUUAGCAACCGUUUGCAGUUACAACAGUGAUGAAAAAGUAAUUUUAUGACCAAUCCACUCAUUUACAGUCUUCGCAGGACUGUCAAGCAAAGGAAAGCUGAAGUUAAGAUCGUAAGCACAGUUGCAGUUUCACUUAGCAACCGCUUUGCUUAAUAACCAAGUUGCUGAUCCCAAUUGUGGUUGCUAAACAAGGACUACCUGUACUUGCUUUUGCAAAAAAAAUAACGGAUCCUUCAAAUUGAGCUCAAAUGCUGGUGAUCUCAUGGGCACAUUCUGUAUCAUUUUCUUGGCAACAAUUCAGAAGUGAGUUUCCUGACUUCCCAAUCUAGCCUACAAGCCUGGUAUUUCCUGGUGGUUUCCCAACCAAGUACUAGCCAGGGAUGUACACCCACACUGACAACUGGUAUAGCUCUUGGAACAGCAGUAUGAGCCCUGCAAAGUACAGAGCGGUUUUAAUGGUUGGAAUAGACCUGCUUCAUUUGUGUUCCCAAAUGUUUUGCACAGGCCUGUUUGAAAUAGCACAGUGCGAUCUCAGAUCUUUAGGACUACACUGCAUAACUAACUUUUGAACAUGCAUGACUGUGCUAUGAAACCCAAUAUUUACAUUUAUCUUCUUCAGCCUGAUGUUCCUUUAGGAACAAAAACACUGUUUGAUAAUGCUUCUUACAAGUAAUGUUGAAAAAUGCAAAUGAAGACAUUUUAUUUGUUUGAGUAACCAUUUGUUGAUUAGAUUUCUAUCUUGCCUUUCUUUCUUGCCCUCCUUUCUCUGAUUCUUCCCCACAAUAACCACCCAGUGAGAUAGGUUGGGCUGAGCGAGAAUGACUCGUUCGGUCUCCCGGUGAGCUUUUGUGGCUGAGAAUAAACUAGCACGUGGGUCUCUCCACUCCUAAUCCAACACAACAACAAAUUACAAUAAGGCUGCUUAUUAUUGAAAUUCAACGAAGGAGAGGAAAGAACCUCCUGACGCCGUUUAACUCCUUUAUUCUCUAAGGAAAAUAUGAAAAACAAAUUAACAAUUUGUCUAUAGCAAGGCAAUUUCAUCAUCUUCAGCCUAGCCGUGGUCCUUGCUGCAAAGUGUUGAGUAGAAUAUUCCAGAUAAAUUGCACGUUAACAGUGGGGAGAACAUUUGCAGACGUUCAUAUGAACCUUUUAGCAUGAAGUUCAGCAAACAUGCUGUGUUGGGUGAUCUAUGUCCAUGUUAUUCACCAGGACUGCUUAGAAGAACAGUUCAUCCCCCCCCCCCCCCCUAAAUCUCCUACGGUCCACUGCAGUGACAUUUCUGGGUUUUUAUUAAUGUAGCCAUGUACACAAUAAAAGCAUUCACAUUCUGCCAUGCAUUCAUGAAAGAGCAGUGGCAUGUUGGUUAUACACACAAUUAAAAUUUAAUUAACAUUUAACCUUAGAUCCUUGUUCACAAAAAGUGUGCAUAAUGAACACAGUUAUAGCACAUUUGCUCUGAAGGAUUACAGAGGUUAAUAAAUAUAUUGAUAAAAACAAUGACACAAAGAAGGGAAUCUCUAUAUAUGUUGUCUCUAUAGGGCAAAAAUGUCUCUAUGUCCUAAUCAAAGUGAUCAACUUGUUUGAGACAUAUUGAAAACACCAAAGGUAUUCUAAGAUACAGCUUUUGAGAUUUUUUUAUUAGCUUUUAUUUGGGAUUUAUUGCACAUAUUUGUAUUUGUAUUCAAGUG